AUGAUGUUACAACAUCAUCUAUUUAUUGAUUAUAUAGAUUAUGGUUGUCAGGUGAAUUCCUUUCUUCUCAGUAUUGGAGUUGUUUCUUAUCUAUCAGCAGAAAAUUUAGCUGAUUUACUUAUUGAACAUCAAUCAAGUUAUUUUAUUCAAGCUAAAAAUCUUUCAAAUCAUCUUAUAUCAGUGAAAUUACAUGUUUAUACAAAUUGUUCAAAACAAUUAGUUGCUUUAUCAAAUGUAGCACGAGAAUUUUAA